AUGAGGGGGGAGAAUGUCACCAAGGUCAGCACGUUCAUCCUGCUGGGCUUCCCCACAGCCCCCAGGCUGCAGUAUGUGCUCUUCCUCCUCUUCCUGCUCAUCUACCUCUUUGUCCUGGUGGAGAACAUGGCCAUCAUCCUCACUGUCUGGAGCAGCGCCUCCCUGCACAGGCCCAUGUACUACUUUCUGGGCAUCAUGUCAACCUUAGAGAUCUGGUACGUGUGUGACAUCAUACCCAAGAUGCUGGGCGGCUUUCUCCUGCAGCACAAGAGCAUCUCUUUCGUGGGGUGCAUGACUCAGCUAUACUUCUUCAGCUCCCUGGUGUGCACUGAGUGUGUGCUCCUGGCCUCCAUGGCCUAUGACCGCUACGUGGCCAUCUGCCACCCACUGCGCUACCAGGUCAUCAUGACCACGGGGCUGUGCGUGCAGCUCGUGGUCUUCUCCUUUGCCAGCGGCUUCACCAUCUCUGUGAUCAAGGUCUACUUCAUCUCCAGCGCCACAUUCUGUGGCUCCAACGUCUUGAACCACUUCUUCUGUGACAUUUCCCCCAUCCUCAAGCUGGCCUGCACAGACUUCUCCACUGCAGAGCUGGUGGACUUCAUCCUGGCCUUCCUCAUCCUGGUGUUCCCGCUGCUGGCCACCAUUCUGUCCUAUGGACACAUCAGCCUGGCCGUGCUUCACAUCCCCUCGGCCACGGGCCGCUGGAGAGCCUUCUCCACCUGCGCCUCCCACCUCACUGUUGUCACCAUCUUCUACACAGCUUUGCUUUUCAUGUACGUCCGGCCCCAGGCCAUUGAUACUCGGAGCUCCAACAAGCUCAUUUCUGUUUUGUACACUGUCCUCACACCCAUCUUGAACCCCUUGAUCUACUGCUUGAGGAAUAAAGAAUUUAAGGAUGCCUUGAGAAAGGCUUUGGGCUUGGGUCAAGCUCCACACACCUGGGGGAGCCCACUUCUCAAGAGCCUGUUCAGCCUCACCUGGUCACUGUGGCCUGCCUGGGAGUUGCUGGACACCAGUGAGGGCUGUUCCUCCCUCCUGCGGCCUGCAGCAGCCCUCAGAAGGGAGGCUCCCAGCUGCACCCAGGACCCAGGGGUGUGCAACCCCGUAGGAAGACCACUGUCCUCAGCAGCAUCGGACACUGGGGCAGGGACGGCAAUGAGGACAGGAGACUGCCCUGGUUACGUGGGGUUAGCCUCAGCGGGGCUGGACAAAGGGUCCCCGAGAGCUCUCCAUACUCGCUGCUUCUCUUACCAGGACCCUGGCGGGGUUGUGCUGGUCCUUGCCCACCCACCUGCCACCUGGAAGGCCAAGACCAGCAGUCAGGAGCCUGUGGGCCCAUCGCUGCCUAAAGCUCACCUGCAGGUCUCACUCUGCAUCCUCACUCUCUGCUGCCCUUCAGCCGUCACCUUUGCUCCCUGA